AUGAUUGAAAUUUCUCUUGAGAGCCGAAAACCAACUUGGGCGCAUGGGCCACAAAGUUCCAAUCGCACUGUACGUGCGCGCCCGCACGUGGUGUUUUGUGGAAGAGCCACACUCAAGGGGCCAAAGGGCCGCAUGCAGCUGGAGCUGCAGUUUGCCGACCACUGUUCUAUGCUAAGCAGAAAGGCUGCCCUGCUCAUCAAGGAGAGCUCAGUGCACCUGUGGAGUGGAAGGAGCCCUGGCCCGGAAGGCAGAGGACAUGGUUUGGUUCCCAGCUCUACCGGUUACAACUCCAUCCUCUGGAUCCUGCCAGCCUGCCUGCCUGGGCUGCUGUGA